GUGUAUGUGGUGUAAUGUGCAUGAUGAAGGGGCGUUUAGACGAGCAUUCGCUUUGUAGAACUUGUAUAUAUAUAUCUUGAGGUUCUCCUGACUGGAUUUUUGGAAAUCAUACAUACCAACAAACAAACAAACACUUCCUGCGAAACUACUCUGUGCAAAGAAAUCAGGCACACUAUCCCAAAAAAAACAAAUCAAGUCAAACACAAAACUCCCAAUCCAAACCCCCCAAGCCUAACAAUCAUGUCCGGAAAUCAAGGUGGGGGACUACUCGGCGGGCUCGUCGGCGCACUCGAUAACACUCUUACAGGCGGGCAACAAGCCAACGGACAAGGAGGACUCCUCGGAGGCGUUGGCGGUGCGCUUGGAAAGACGACUGAGGGACUCGGAAACACGUUGAAUACUACUGUUCGUGGUGUUGGAGAUGUAGCUGGUGGUGCUACUAAUGCUGUUGGGAACGUGGCCGGAGGUGCAACGGGUGCUUUGGGUGGUGCGUUGGGUGGUGCUUCAGGAGGUAGUGGUGGUGGGAGCGGGGAGCAGUUGAAUGCUUGGGGCGAACCGAUUAAGAAGUAAGGGUUGGGUUGAUGUUGUGAUAUCGAUGGGAGAGUUGGGUAUAUAUGUAUAUGAUGUUAUGAAUUUGGAUGGAAUGGGUCGGGUUUAGAUUUUUGUUCAGAAUGGAAUCUCAAGU